CAUGCCUUGCUGCACAUAGACAUCGGUGACGCGCGCGCUCUGGACGCAUGGUGGCGCUCUUGCCGCUCCGUCCUGCCUCCGGAGCGCCUUUUUAACGCAGGCGGGUGCCGUCUGGCUAUUUAACGGCGGGGCGGUGGACUCAUUCCGCUGUGAAACUGGCUCCUGAACACAUGAAAUCUCCUGUAAUGCGACGCCAAAGCAGCUUGUCAAACUCCAGAAGAGCGCUGCCUGACCCGACGGAACUUCUCCUCCACUUCUUCUCCACUUCUUCGUCUUCCUCAUCACCUUCACCUCCCACUUUGAUGAGACUCUCUCCCGGAGGCCGGCGCGUCUUUUUCCUCCUGUCUCUCUCACUCUCUCUAUCUCUCUCUUUCUUUCUUUCUUUCUUUCUUUCUCUGCGCCUGUCACGUCCCGCGCAUUGAAAGUUUGAUUUGAUUCUCUUUUGCCUUUUCUGAAAGUGGGGGGAAAAAAAAAAUGAAUAACACCGUUUUCAACCAGACGGAGGGCGGACUGCUCAACAAGACGGAGGAGUUCUUCUGCUGCAACUUUUCCUCCGUGGUGACUGACAACAGCUUCGUGGCCGCCGCUCCGGAUGAGAGGAGCCUCUUCAUCAUGAGGGUGGUCCAGAUAGCCGUCAUGUGCGUUUUGUCUCUCACGGUGGUGUUUGGCAUUUUUUUCCUGGGCUGCAACCUUCUCAUCAAGUCAGAGGGGAUGAUUAACUUUUUGGUAACGGACAGGAGACCGUCGAAAGAAACAGAGGCGGUCAUUGUUGGAGCCUACUGAUUGACUUGACUGGUGGUGAUGAUGAUGAUGAUGAUGAUGAUGAUGAUGAUGCCCCUCAUCAUUAUGAUUUUGAAUCAGAUCUGACGGGAGAAAACUACCUGAUCAAGCCCCCCCACCCCUGUUUUCAUAGAGAAACCUCAGAAAGAUGCUCCUGGAGGUUGACUCCCCCCCCCCGAGGCUUCACCUCACCCCCCCUUGUGGCUCUUUAACGGCCAAAACACAGACUCCUCCAUCCUCCAAGAGGUAUAGAGCCUUUCUUUUUCAAAGCCUCUUUGUUUGUAAAGUAUUCAGCCGAGCACUGUUGUAAAUUCAGUAGGAUUCAGUGGAGCACCGUUUCGCCCAGCAGCGUCCUUUCAGGGGCUGCUGCGUAAAGAUGCCCUCUCACCGUCGCUGAUGCGAUGGAGGAGAGAUCGAUGUUGAAACAUGUGCUGUAUGUUGUAUGUGUUUUUGCAUACAAUAUGCAAUGUAUUCACCAGUGUGUGUGUGUGUGUGUGUGUACAUAUGUGGAUAUUUUUUCCUGGUGAGAACUGUGCGGGGGCUGCGAGGAGAGCCCAACAUGACGUGUAUCUUGUUAAUUGGAAUAAAUUCGUUCUGUAAUUAAAGUUUUUCCUCUUAAUUAAGGUCUAAUUUCUCCACCAUGAACGCCCUCUGCCAAAGUAAUUUAGAUCUGAGAUGCUUUGAACUUUCCCAAAGAGCUAUUUAAUGAGUUAUAUUGUGACAAUUAUAAAAAUAGCACGUUGAUAAAAAAAAAAAAAAAAAAAAAAGAUUCUGUUAAAUCCAACAGGAAAUGAGGGUAUAUUUAUGCUUUUAUUUAUCUGAAUUGAAAUGAAGAACACCCUCUUUGGCACGCAUGAAGAGCGUUCGAUAGACACAGGGAGAUUCUCCUCUAAAUUGCUCCAACAGUGGAAAUCUUCACAUUCAAUCUUUUCUUUCAGCUGAUCCAAAAAACAACUUGAGUGUGGGUCUUGUGUAAAAACUCCCCCUUUUCUCUCCCCCUUUUUUCUGGUUCCUUUGUUUUUUUCUUGGUAAGACAUUGAUUCAUGCAGCAGUUUACAAUCCUUCCUCCUCCCGUCAAAGCAUCUGUUGUGCUCUGCUCCCGGCUCACCUGGAUGCCAGCUCCCCAGGGUGAGACCGGCAGCAGCUUCAGAAAUGACUUGUCAUGUCAGUUCAGGGAGGAUGAAGCCACCGGGCAAUAUGCUGCUGUCUGAUUGCCCACCUGUGCUCCGCAUGCAGAGUUAAAUAGUUUUGAACCUUGAUUUUCUUUUUCUAAAAAUGUCCUUCACCUCAGCUUCUCCCUCCCCCUGGUCUUCCACCUGAGGAGGCCUUAUUCUUAGUGUGGUUAUGGAUGGCUGCGGCUUGUCACGCUGACCGCUGUCUUGUAGGACACACACUUGAUGUCCUCAUGUUGGAUUUAGAAGAGAUCCAAGCAGUCAUCACACCAAGUGGUGAUAAAAUGUUUAACAAACUUAAACUUAGUGAUAAUAAUGAUGAUAAUACUGUGUG